AUGCAAAAAGCAUGUGAAGAAAGACUUUAUGAAAAGAAAGGCUUGCUGAGAACUGUACUUCAUGAAGCAUCAAUAAGAGGAAAUCUGAAACUUCUUAAAUCUCUCAUUGAUUGUGGCUGUGACAAAGAAGUAAGGGAUGAUUCUGGAUAUACUCCACUAAUUUCGGCAUCAGUAUUUGGUAAACUUGAAGUUGUUAAAUAUCUUAUCUCAGUUGGAGCUGAUAAAGAAGCAAAGGAUAAUUAUGGAUCCACUCCACUAAUUUCGGCAUCAGUAUUUGGUAAACUUGCAGUUGUUAAAUAUCUUAUCUCAGUUGGAGCUGAUAAAGAAGCAAAGGAUAAUUAUGGAUCCACUCCACUAAUUUCGGCAUCAGAAAAUGGUAAACUUGAAGUUGUUAAAUAUCUUAUAUCUGUUGGAGCUGAUAAAUAUGUAAAGAAUAAACGUGGAAAAACAGCACUUGAUUGUUCGUAUGGAGCAGUAAGAGAAUAUUUAUUAUCAAUUGCAUGA